CACGCGCCCCUGCAUCACGGUAAUUGAAUUUUCCCAGUGCAGCUGAAGGGGACAGAGUUGCGCACACUCCGCUCCAACCAGGGAGCGCGUCGGUGCGAGUUUUUUAACGGAAACGCGCUGAAAGAACCGGAGCUCGAGCCCCCGUUCUUCUUCUUUUUCUUCUUCUUCGUUGUGUUCUCUUCCGCGUUGCUGUGGAAACGUCGGUUCGUCUUCUGGUACUGGAGCAUGGAGCCUCAGGAAGCGACGGACUGAAGAACCGAGCAGGUGAAGAACCGGAGCCCCGGUACCGGUACCGGAGCAGAACGGAGCUCGUCUGACAGGCUCAUCGUUGUCAUCAUGCUUUCCUGGCCCCGCCCCUGGCUCCUCCUCCUGCUCUUUGUCCAAUCAGCAGAGUCUUCUGUUUUGACUGACGACAUCAGCAAGGACCUUCAGGAGGUAACCCUGGCGGCCAUCUUGCCUCUGAAUAACACCGACUAUGCGUGGUCAUGGCCUCGCGUGGCGCCCGCCCUCCACCUGGCGAUUCAGCGGGUGAACUCUGACCCCUGGUUGCUACCGGGCCUGAAGCUCCAGCUGGUCCACCGCAGCUCGGAGAACCCUGCCGGGUUCUGCUCGGACUCCAUGGCGCCGCUGGUCGCCGUCGACCUGAAGCAGUCCCACAAUCCCUGGGCCUUCAUCGGGCCCGGCUGCGACUACUCGUCAUCACCCGUCGCUCGCUUCACCACCCAUUGGGAGGUUCCCAUGGUGACGGCCGGCGCCCGAGCCAUCGGCUUCGCACACUACGCCGCCGUCACCAACACUGGCCCCACCCACAAGAAGCUGGGCGAAUUCGGAGCCAAGAUCCAGGAGAAGUUCGGCUGGAAGCGUCACGCCAUGUUGAUCUUCAGCAACAACAAGGACGCCAACGACGACCGGCCGUGCUACUUCGCCGUGGAGGGGCUGUACGACGUGAUGAACAAAGAAAACAUCACUGUCCACGACUACUUCAUCGAGCCCGACAACAUCGACUACAAGGAGGUGGUCCAGCAGAUCCGAGACCACGGCCGAGUGGUGUACAUGUGCAGCUCCUGGGACAUCUUCAGGACGGUGAUGGUCCUGCUGUGGAAGGAGGGGCUGGAGCUGGAGGACUACGUCUUCUUCUUCAUCGAUCUCUUUGCUGAGGGUCUGGGAGGCCCGGGGCCCAUCAGGCCCUGGUUCAAAGGAGACCGGGACGACUACAAAGCCCGCAUGGCCUUCAGGAGUGUGAAGGUGCUGACCUACCAGGAGCCUCAGAACCCUGAAUAUCUUCAGUUUGUUGAAACUUUGAAGAACGACGCAAAGAAACUUUUCAACUUCACCAUUGAGGAUUCUCUGUACAACCUGAUCGCUGCCGGCUUCUACGAUGGCGUGAUGCUCUAUUCUCAGGCUCUGAAUGACACCCUGGGCCAACAGGGACCAGGACCAGGACCAGGACCAGGACCAGGACCAGGACCGGGACCAGGACCAGGACCGGGACCAGGACCGGGACCGGGACAGAGGCCCAACGGAAUCGUGGUGACACGGAAGAUGUGGAACAGGACCUUCUCUGGUGUGAUGGGGACGGUGGAGAUGGACGAGUUUGGGGACAGAGAGACGGACUUUGCUGUGUGGGACAUGACAGACACUGAGUCUGGACAGUUUCAGGUGGUGUGUGUCUAUAACAGCAGCUUGAAGCAGCUGGUUCUCCAGGAAGGACUCAGCUUCCAGUGGCCGUCAGGUUCUCCUCCUCCAGAUGUUCCUGAGUGUGGCUUCAAGAACGACCACCCAGACUGCCUCACACGUACAGUGACCAUGCAGCAGAUGGUUGCCAUGGUGACCUGCUUCGUCUUCGUCAUCACGGUUACUGUCACCAUCUUCAUCUACAGGAAGUUGAAGCUGGAGAGUGAAUUAGCCGCUGAGCUCUGGAGAGUUUAUUGGGACGACGUCCAGAUGAGUGACCUGGAGAAAGUCCUGAAGAGGACAUGCAGCCGUCUGACCAUGUCUCUGAAAGGAUCCAACUAUGGUUCUCUGAUGACCAUGGAGGGUAACCUGCAGAUCUACACCAAGACUGGAUACUACAAGGGAAAUAUCGCAGCCAUCAAAUACAUCAACAAGAAACGCAUCGAACUGACCAGGGACGUCCUGUUUGAGCUAAAAUAUAUGCGUGACGUUCAGAAUGAACAUCUGACCCGUUUCAUCGGUGCCAGCAUUGACCCACCAAACAUGUGCAUCAUCACGGAGUACUGCCCCAGAGGCAGCCUUCAGGACCUGAUGGAGAGUGACAGCAUCACUCUGGACUGGAUGUUCAGAUACUCCCUCAUCACAGACCUGGUCAAGGGCAUGGCCUUCCUCCACAACAGCGUCAUUGUCUCCCACGGCAACCUGAAGUCAUCCAACUGUGUGGUGGACGGUCGCUUCGUCCUGAAGAUCACAGACUAUGGUCUCCAGAGUCUGAGGACCAGCAGCUGCCCUGAGGACACGCACGCUUUCUAUGCUCGGAAGCUGUGGACGGCUCCAGAGCUGCUGAGGACAGAGUGUCCUCCCCCCUGUGGGACUCAGAAGGGGGACGUCUACAGCUUCGGGGUGAUUCUGCAGGAGGUGGCUCUGCUCAGAGGCGUCUUCUACCUGGACUCAACCUGCCUCACCCCCAAAGAGAUCAUCCAGGCUGUGGCCCGGGGCAGAACCCCCCCCCUCCGGCCCUCCCUCUGCUUCCACAGCCACAGUGAGGAGCUGGGGGUCCUGAUGCAGCGCUGCUGGAGCGAAGAGCCCAGCGAGCGACCCGACUUCCACACAGUGAAGGUUCUCCUGAGGAAGCAGCACAGGGGCUACGGGUCCAACAUCCUGGACAACCUGCUGUCCCGCAUGGAGCAAUACGCCAACAACCUGGAGGAGCUGGUGGAGGAACGGACUCAGGCUUAUCACGAGGAGAAACGCAAGGCGGAGGCCCUGCUCUACCAGAUACUACCCCAUUCGGUGGCGGAGCAGCUGAAACGAGGAGGUUCGGUUCAGGCUGAAGCUUUUGACUUGGUCACCAUCUACUUCAGCGACAUCGUGGGCUUCACCUCCCUCUCAGCCGAGAGCACCCCGCUGCAGGUCGUGACCCUGUUAAAUGACCUCUACACCUGCUUCGACGCCAUCAUUGACAACUUUGACGUGUACAAGGUGGAGACCAUCGGUGACGCCUACAUGGUGGUGUCAGGUCUGCCGGUCAGGAACGGGAAGCUCCACGGUCGGGAGGUGGCCCGGAUGUCCCUGGCCCUGCUGGAGGCCGUCAAGAGCUUCAGGAUCCGACACCGAGCCAACGAGCAGCUCCGGCUCCGCAUCGGCAUCCACAGCGGUCCAGUCUGUGCCGGGGUGGUCGGGCUGAAGAUGCCCAGGUACUGUCUGUUUGGAGACACGGUCAACACGGCAUCACGCAUGGAGUCCACCGGAGAACCUCUGAGGAUCCAUGUUUCUGAAGCGUCCCGUCUCGUCCUCCUGGAGUUCAACUGCUUCCAGCUGCAGCUCAGAGGAGAAAUUGAGGUGAAGGGGAAAGGACACAUGAAGACAUACUGGCUGCAGGGAGAGGACAGCACCUGAUGGAGGACGGAUGGAGGGGAGGAGGAAGGACGGCGGACGGAUGGAGGACGUGAGGACAGGUGUCCUCCUUGUCUGUGACUGAGCUGGUUCCUAUGGAGACGAAUGUUUGUAAAUACAUGAAUAAAGUUUGUGUUUGUUA